UCAGAAUUAAUUCAUCUAAAUCAGUGUUAAUUAAAAGAGUAUUUGUCUAAUCUUAUUUUAAAGAGCUUAUAAGCUCUUGGAGCUGAAAUGCUGAAAUGCUUCGUUUACUCUGCCGCCGCGUUCUACACAGUUCACCGGAUAUAGAAAAGCUGAAACGCUUCGUUCGAAACCCGCCUUCCGCAAGCCACAGCCUCCGUCGGUGCGUCGCUGCGUCGCUGCUGCGUUUCGGAUCCCCAUUCCGACAUUCUUAGUAGAGAAUCGAUGAUAUACGUUGGAAAGGAGAGGCCAACAACAUAGAGUCCCUCCCCAAAGAGCUAUUGUUUGAAAUUCUCCUACGUCUUCCGGCCGAUCAUCUCUACGAGAGAGCGAGGCUCGUGUGCCGGUGGUGGUGCCACAUUAUCCAUUCUCAUGCCUUCAUCAACGCGCAGAUACACGGUGCUACCUAUGGACUCCUUUUAUGCCCCCUAAAGCGUUAUACUCUGCCACUUCAUCCACUUUAUGUAACAGCCGACGCAGAUGGUGGAAUCCACUCAUCUGAGCUAAAUCACUUCUCCAAAUGGGGAGUUCGUGCUACCUGCAACGGUUUGGUUCUGGAUGCCAAAGAUUACUGGCCCCUUCGCCUCGUGAAUCCUGCAACGAAGCAGUCAUUCCUCCUCCCAGCAUUACCUAGACACCUAUCCUAUGCCCGGUUCGAGUAUGGUUUUGCAUAUUCUGCAGCUUCCUCGGCAUAUAAAGUGAUUCAACUGUGCGCUCUUUUCCAUUCGCCACCACGCUUAGCAGCUGACGUGCUCACUGUUGGAGUCGAUGAAUCCUGGAGGCACGUCGAGGUUCACCACCUCCCCGACCAUGUCAGGUCAUUCUUUUUCUGUAAGGCUCCCUUGACUAGUGAAGGGUUCUUGCAUUGGGGAGGGGGGGAGAUACUGCGCAACGAUGGAUGUGGAGACGGAGAUCAUUACACUGAGUGAAGCCCCUUAUGAAUGAUAUACGUUGGAAAAGAGAGGCCAACAAACAUAGAGACCCUCCCCACAGACCUACUGUUCGAAAUUCUCCUCCGAUUGCCGGCCGAUCAUCUCUACGAGAGAGCGAGGCUCGUGUGCCGGCGGUGGUACCACAUUAUCCAUUCUCAUGCCUUCAUCAACGCGCAGAUGCAUGGUGCUAUCUAUGGACUCCUUUUAUGGCCCCUAAAUGAUAAUACUCUGCCACUUCAUCUGCCACUUUAUGUAACAGCCGACACAGACGGUGGAAUCCACACAUCUGAGCUAAAUCACACCCCCAAAUUGGGAUUUCCUGCUACCUGCAACGGUUUGGUUCUGGAGAUGGCUCUGGUGAUGGAUACCAAACAUGACUGCCCCCUUCGCCUUGUGAAUCCUGCAACGAAGCAGUCAUUCCUCCUCCCGGCAUUACCUAGACGCAUAUCCUAUGGCCAGCUCGUGUAUGGUUUUGCAUACUCUGCAGCUUCCUUGGCGUAUAAAGUGAUUCAAAAGUACACUGUUUGCACCUCGCCACCACGCCUACCAGCUGCUGACUACGGUCUUGACGUGCUCACUGUUGGAGUCGAUGAAUCCUGGAGGCACGUCGAGGUUCACCACCUCUCCGACCAUGUCAGGUCAUUUUUCUUCAGUAAGGCUCCCUUGACUAGUGAAGGUUUCUUGCAUUGGGGAAGGGGGAGACACUGCGCGACGAUGGAUGUGGAGACGGAGAUCAUUACACUGAGUGAAGCCCCUUACCAAUACAAGUAUUAUUAUUAUCUGUCAACUGGGAGGUGUCUGUCGCUCCUGGUUGGGUGUGGGGAUCUGUCGUGGGAGGUUUGGGAGUUGAAGGCAGAAACGGGCGAGUGGAGGAAGGCGCUGCCCAACAUCGAGUUGGGAGCUGAGAGAUGCAGGAUUCAACAGUUCUCUGAUCGAUUUCUUGAGCCACUUGGUUGGGUUAAAUAUCCACAGGUUUUGGCCUUUUAUUUUGGCGCCUAUACUUCUGGGAGGCAUUGCAUUUUCUACAAUCUUGAUACGCAUCAACUCGAUUCCAUAGAGCUACCACAAUCCUAUAUUGGUGGUUAUCAAGCUUUUCCGCAUAAGAAUAAUCUGAUAUGGCUAUGUUAAAAGAGUAUUAGAAUUGUUAUUGUUUAUAUUUGGUUUAGUUAAAACAGUUCGUAUAUAGAUUAUUUGCAGAUAUUUUGAUGUUGGUUUAGUAUAUUGAAGGAUGAUAUAA